AGUGUUUGUCAUAUGUCAAUUGUUAAUUUCACGUGUUAAGAAUGCUGUUUUGAUUUUAAUUUAUUUGUUAUAACUUUAUGAGUUAUAACUAAAACUUCUUUAUUGGUAGACUCAUAGACCGUAAUAUAAAUUAUGAAGCACCUCAGAUUUGAGGAAAAUAUAUUGGUCGAUGAAGCAUAUACAAAUUAUGGCAAAGUCGAUAAAAAUGCAGACGAAAAGAAGGGUUAUGGUAUUGCAAAGAAUUUUGCUGAAACCCUAGAAUAUGGAGAAAGAAAAAAGUGGUAUCAGCAGCUUCCAGAAGAGCCUGCAACUGUAACAAAAACUGUUACAGCAGUUAUCAGUGAAGAGAUGAGGAAAGAAGCUAACAGUGCUUUGCAUGGGGACACGGCAGCCUAUGAGACCAAAUCAAAUAAGAAUACUUCAUCAGACCACCAAUGGGCCAAAACUUUACUAAACAAAGGUACAAUUGGUGAUAGAGUUGCAGCUGCUACAAUAUUAAUACAGGAUAACCCUCUGUACAAUUUAACAGCUCUAAGAAAUUUAGUUGGUGGUGUGAAGCCAGCAAAGAAAAAAGAUGGUAUUGUUAUUAUAGAUGCCCUCUCUGAGCUGUUAAUAUCAGAGAUACUUAUACCAGAUAUGAAGCUGCGUAAUUUUGAACAGCAUCCGCUGGGUCAUGUCGAGGAGAUGACAUCGGGAAACAAACAAGCCAGGAGGAACCUUCUCAAACUGUGGUUUUUUGAGGAUCAGAUGAAGGAAUUGUAUGGAACAUAUAUAGAAGCAUUAAACAAGUUUGCACACGACUCAGUUGAGAGCAACAGGGAGAAGGCUGUCAGUGCUAUGUCAUAUCUGCUGAUGCAUCACCCAGAGAGAGAGAAGAUGCUACUAACGAACAUAAUCAACAAACUGGGCGACCCUUCUCAAGCUGUGGCCUCCAAAGUGAUAUAUCAUCUGUGUCAGCUGCUUUACAACCAUCCCAACAUGAAACGUGUGGUGCUCAUUGAAAUUGAAAAGAUGCUGUUUAGGUCGAAUAUAUCCCCCCGGGCGCAAUACUACGGCAUAUGUUUUCUGAAUCAGUUCUACUUGGGCAAGGAUGACUCCAAAAUCGCUGAGGAUUUGAUACGAAUAUAUUUUUCGUUUUUCAAAGCCAGCAUUAAAAAGGGCGACAUAGACUCGAGGGUGAUGUCCGCGAUACUGACUGGCGUGAAGCGCGCCUACCCGUUCGCAAACCGCGAGCGUGUGAGCGAGAGCGCACUACACGUGCAAGCGAUGCACCGGCUCGUGCAUCUCGCUCCCCCGGCAGUGGCCACGCAUGCCUUGGCUCUGCUGCACCUGCUGAGUGACGCCUCAAGCGAGUCGGCAGACAGAUACUACAACUCCCUGUACCGCAAACUGUCCAACGCUGAGAUAUUCAACACAUCGCAGUCGGCUCUCCUGUUCUCGCUCGUGUACAAGUCGUUGAAGCAGGAUAGCAACAUCGAGCGCGUGACGGCCUUCGUGAAGCGGCUGCUGCAGCUCUGUUGCUACGUGAGUCCGGCGCACGCUUGCGGGAUUCUGUUCCUUGUGUCGCAAGUGCUCAAGGACGGGAGUAAGAAGGAAGCGGUUAAGCUGUUUUGGACGAAACGCGACGUCAAAGAGGAAACAAAAGAAGAAAAGCCGGUGGAUGUUAGUCAAGAUGAGGACGAUACGAGUAAUAAGGAAGCCGCAACAGAAGCGACCACAGAGGAUGUCCCAGAGGAGAAGGAGAAGAAAAUAGACUUGCUGAAGGGAGAUAAAAAAGAUCUCUUAAUAGAUGACGAAGAGGAAUCUUACGUGGACCUGAAGAUAGACUCCGAAGGUAACAUAAAACCGAAGAAGCGGCACACUUCAGCGGUGAACGGAUGGUAUCAUGCGAAGGUGAAGGCUGAAGGUGCCGAUCAUGAGGUUCCUGAAGAUAAGAAACUGGAGACGGAGAUAAGGCUCAAGAAGACAAUUAAUAUGGAUAGGGUAAUUAGUGAGUACAACCCGAUGGCACGCAACCCGCAAUACGCGGGUGCGGCGUUCAGUGCAUACGUAGAGCUGUUAACACUGGCCGCGCACUUCCACCCCUCUGUCAAACUGUUCGCCGACAAACUAAUAAACGAGCAAAUAAUUCAGUACAGCGGCGACCCACUCAAGGACUUUUCCGCAAUCAGGUUCCUGGAUCGGUUCGUCUUCAAGAACCCUAAGAGUCGCCGGGAGCCGCAUGAUGUGGAGGGGCAGGCCAAGAAGGUGAGGGGCUCACACCCUCGGUUCGCUGUCAGGCGAAACUACACUGCUAAAGGAAUCCGAAGUAUACCGGUGAACUCCUCGACCUAUCUUAAUGAAGAUGUAAAGAAGAUUCCUGUCGAUGAGAAGUUCUUAUACGACUUCCUGCAGAAGAGACGACAGAACGCCGAAUCUGACGAAGACAGCGACAACGAUUCCGUCACGAGUGAAGACUUCAACUCUUACUUGGAUAAAAUCACCGGCACCAAGGCUCAAGAGUCUGAUGAAGAGUUGGACUUCCUUGCUGAUGUGGAGGCAACGAAACAAAGCAAGCCCAAGAAGAAAGCUGACGAUGCGAGUGAUAAUGAAGACGACGAGUUGGAUGAUGGUGAUCAUGAUGUUGAUGAUGAAGGUGAUAGUGAUGGUGAUUUGAACAUGUCCGGUGAUGAUGAAGAGCCGCAGUUAUCGGAUGACGAAGACGAGUUGCAACUCGAAAAUAGUGAUGAAGACGAUUUCAUAGACGUGCCUGGGAAGAAAUCAAAGCGAAGCAAUAAACUGAAAUUAAAAGGAAGCGAUGAUCUCGGGUCUUUGUUCGCAUCGGCUGAAGAAUUCUCAACAAUAUUAGAAGAGACCGCUACAAAUAAGAAGCAGGGUUCAAGCCAAGCUGUCUCCAAUACUGACAACGCCAGCGUGAAACAAUUGGCCUGGGAAGAGAAACGUGACAGCUGGAUCAAGGGAUACAACAGGAGUAUUCAUGGCGGAAAAAAGGGCGGGAAGAAGCGACACUUUGACAAGACGGGCAAAAAAGGAGGGAAACGGAAAGGCGGCCAUGUAGAUGGCGCUGGCGGCAAAAAAAGAAAAUAAAUAUUGUCAUUGUAA